AUGUUCGGAUGUAUCGUUGUUGGGAUAUCGUGGUUUGUCACGGCGGAGGUGGAUUCGGUCUUCAAAUCGAGACCCGACCUCUACCCGCCUGUUCUCACCUUGGAACAUCGCAACCCCGACAAGCUCAGCCCGGGCUAUAUCUUCGUGGGCCCUUAUGAGGCAGCCAACUCGGGGCCGUAUAUUUAUGAUGACGAAGGGAAUCUAAUCUGGAGCGGAUGGGGUAAUUCCGGCCCUGGAAACGCUCAUGGCAUGCAUGUUUGCCAGUACCAGGGUAAAGACCAUCUCUGCUUCUUCCAGGGCGUUCAGCAGAACGGGUACUGUCGCGGCCAUGGCGUGAUCAUGGACAGCAAUUAUCGGAUCGUCCGCACUGUGGUCCCCGGCGGAGGCAUGGCAUCCAGCGAUAUGCACGAGUUCAAGCCCAUCAACGACGGCAAGACUGCUCUGUUGACCGUCUACCAACAGAGGCAGUUCGAUAUGAGUUUGUGGAACGUGAAGACGGGCAUGGGAUGGCUGAUGGAGAGUGUCUUCCAGGAAGUCGACGUCGAGACUAACGAGGUGCUAUUCGAGUGGAAAUCGCUUGACCAUGUUGACCCGUCAGCGGCCUACACCUGGCCCAGCCACACGGACACCUCGGGCACUGGGCUGGACCCGCGCUCGCCCUGGGACUACUUCCACAUCAAUUCCAUCGAUAAGAACAGCGAGGGCGACUAUCUGAUUUCCUCGCGCCACACGUGCGCGAUCUACAAGAUCUCCGGCCAAGACGGCUCGGUGAUCUGGCAGUUGCACGGAGCCAACCCCUCCUUCAAGAACAUCAACUUCAGCUUCUCGCAGCAACAUGAUGCCCGCUUUCUGAGCGAAAAUGCCACCCACACGCUGCUGUCGCUUUACAACAACGGCUUCAAUGGCUUCAACCGGACGCACGACUAUUCCUCGGGCAUGAUCAUCCUGAUCGACCACCGCGAUAACACCGCGACCCAGCUGCUGGAAUAUGCACCGCCGGGCAAGACCAUGAUCAGCUCCAGCCAGGGCAACUUGCAGGUUCUGCCGAACGGUAACGCGUUCAUCGGGUGGGGCAACAACGCCUACAUUUCCGAGCAUGACGAGCAAGGCAAUCUUCUCCUGUGGGGAUACAUCGACAAGGAUCGGAUCAUGAACUACCGGGCGCAAAAGUUUCAGUGGGAGGGCAAUCCGACCGACGUGCCGGCCAUGUGGACCUACGCGAAGUCGAGCGAGACGUACGCCCCGACGACCUUCUAUGUCAGCUGGAACGGGGCGACCCGCGUGAAGUACUGGCGCUUCUACGGCGCGCAGAACGCCACCGGCCCGUUCAUGUUGAUCAAGCAAGUCGCGAGGGACGGCUUCGAGACGAGCUACACGGCGGGCGAGUUCUACCAGUGGACCUACGCCGAAGCUGUCGAUGUGGAGGGUCAAGUGCUGGGCAAGUCCCGGAGCCUGUUCACGUUUGUCCCGUCGGCGGAGUUGCGGAACUUCUGUGCGACCGAUGCGUGCGAGAAUGCCCAGUCGUAUGGCAUGCCAAAUGAGGAGGGCGCUGGGCCCGCGAUCCCGCCGGCUGGGAUUAUCACCGUGCCCUGGGUUGAGCCUGGUCAUCCGGACACUUUGUACGACUGGGGACAGACGAAGCCGUCCGAGGGAGAGGGAAAGGAGGCGGAGGCGCACAGUUCAGAUAAGGCCUACAACAAUGUAGGGUGGAUUGCCCCGGUCUUCGGGUUUGUGGUUACGGUGGCGGCUAUCUACACGAUCCAUCGGGUCUAUCGACGACGGCAGCAGGAUCUCAGCCGGGUCAAAGAGCGCGCUUCCACGGAGCAUCUGGAUCAAAUGGAACGGGCCCCGCACUCAGUGGAAGCGGACGAGCUUCCCUGGUGGCAUUGGCGAACCGGCCGGCGACCAUCCUUGACGCUUAACGCCGCGCCGCCUCUUACGGCCACUUCCACCACAUCAUCCUCCGCCAUCGCUUCGCCUCUCCCACCAACAACCCCCAAUCCCCUCUCUGCCACUUCCACCUCCUUCGCCCAAGCUACCUCGUGGACUUCCGGCCACGACCAAGGCGGCGAACCCUCGCCCUCGACCUCUGCCAAUUUUCCGCUCCACCAACAACGUCGUCGUCGCGAAUCCAACCUCUCGCUAGCCGACGUCUCCGAAGGCUCCUCCGGCCGCUACGAGGACUACGACCACGACUCCCACAACAUGGCCUCGAGGAACACCUCUCUCGACUGGGGCCAUGCCCGCAGUCGCUCCCACAGUCAAUCACAGACCGCGAUGUUGCGACCUCAAGAACUGGCCGAUACGCCCUCCGCGGCGCCCGUCUCGCGCCCCGCUCCGGUGACCUGGAUGUCGCUGCCGAAGAAGGGCCAGCUCGCGCUGCUGGGGCUCUGCCGUGUCUUCGACUUCUUGCAGAUUGCCUCCCUGCAGGCCUACAUGUUCUAUCAGCUGAAGUCCUUCGACGAGAACCUGUCCGACGCCGAUGUGUCCACCCAGGCCGGCAUCCUGCAGGGCGCGUUCACCGCCGCGCAGUUUGCGACCGCCAUCCCCUGGGGCCGGGUGGCCGAUGCGGAGUGGGGCGGCCGGAAGUUCGUGCUGCUGGUGGGCUUGCUGGGCACCGCCUUGUCCUGCCUGGGGGUCGCCUUCGCGACCUCGUUCGCGCAGGCCGUGUUCUGGCGCUCCUUCGGCGGGGCCAUCAAUGGGACUGUCGGGAUCAUCCGGACCAUGAUCGCGGAGAAUGUGAAGGAGAAGAAGUACCACUCGCGCGCGUUUUUGAUUCUACCAAUCGGGUUUAAUGUGGCCGCCUUGUUUGGUCCCGUGAUGGGCGGGAUGCUGGCCGAUCCGGUCAAGGCGUAUCCCCGGUUAUUUGGGCCCGACUCGUCGUUCGGCGGUGCCAACGGCGUGCAGUGGCUGAUCCGCUACCCCUACGCUUUGCCCAUGCUGGCGAAUGCCAUUUUCUUGUCGUUCGCGGCGGCGUGUGUCGCCAUUGGUCUGGAAGAGACCUUGGAGGCUUGUAAAGGCAAACCCGGGUUGGGGGUCUUCUCGAUGCGCAUUUUCGCGCGCGGUGUUCGCGCCGUGGUGCCCUCGUCCUCCCCGCUGUACCACCGGCUGCCGUUCGCCGACUACGAAGAGGCCGGCCCUCUACUGGGCCGCCGGGAUACGGCCGAGAGCUACGAGAUGGAGGAGAAGGCCACCAAACACACUCGCCAAAGCCGCAGCUUGCCCUUCCGUCGGAUCUGGACCAAGAACGUGCUGUGCACGCUCCUGGCGCAGGCCUUCUUCGACUUCCAAAUGGGUGCCUUCAACAACCUGUGGCUGUUGUUCCUCUCGACGCCGCGCUACGACGCCAACGACCCCACGAGCCCCCUGCAGAAGCUGCCGUUCGUCUUCACCGGCGGCCUGGGGAUGCUGCCGCAGAGCGUGGGCUUCGCGACCGCGAUCCUCGGCAUCAUCGGCAUGCUCCUGCAGUUCACCAUCUACCCCAGUAUCAACGGCCGCCUGGGCACGGCCAAGAGCUACCAGUACUUUUUGACGUUGUUCCCCCUGGCGUACGCGUUUGCGCCGUACAUCGCCCUGGCGCCGUCCACGGUGCCGCCGCCGGGCCAGGCCAACGGCGGCUGGGUGUGGUUCUCGAUCAUCGUGGUGCUGUUCCUGCAGGUGACGGCGCGCACCUUCACGCUGCCGACCUCGAUCAUCCUGCUGAACAACUGCUCGCCGCACCCGUCCGUGCUGGGCACCAUUCAUGGGAUUGGCCAGUCCGUGUCGUCUGCCUUCCGCACCAUCGGGCCGAUCUUUUCGGGGUCGUGGUACGGGUACGGGCUGGAGAUGGGCAUGGUGGGCUUCGCCUGGUGGCUGGUGGCGCUGGUGUCGGUGUUCGGCUGCGUGGCGGCGAUUUUCGUGUAUGAGGGGUCGGGGCAUGAGAUUAUUCUUCCGGGGGAGGAGGAGGAGUAG